AUGGUUCUUGACCAACAAGUGAGCUCAGGUCAGCUCAAUGAGGAUGUGCGUCACAGGGUCCAUGAGGCACUCAUGAAACAGCACCACCACCAGAAUCAGAAAAAGCUCACCAAUAGGAUUCCCAUUGUUCUCUUUGCUGAUAUUGGCAAGAAACAAUCAGAACCAAAUUCCAUGGAUAAAAAUGCAGGUCAGGUUGCUUCUCCUCAGUCUGCUCUAGCCUGUGUUGAAAAUAAAAAUGAUGUGAGCAGAGAAAACAGCACUGUUGACUUUAGCAAGGUUGAUCUGCAUUUUAUGAAAAAGAUUCCUCCAGGUGCAGAAGCUUCCAACAUCUUAGUUGGGGAAUUGGAGUUCUUGGAUCGAACUGUAGUUGCGUUUGUGAGGUUAUCUCCAGCUGUUUUGCUUCAAGGACUGGCAGAAGUCCCAAUCCCAACCAGAUUUUUAUUCAUUCUUCUGGGACCCCUCGGAAAGGGUCAACAGUACCAUGAGAUUGGCAGAUCAAUUGCAACCCUAAUGACAGAUGAGGUAUUUCAUGAUGUUGCUUACAAGGCUAAAGAUCGUAAUGACUUGGUGUCUGGAAUUGAUGAAUUUCUGGAUCAGGUAACUGUUCUCCCUCCUGGAGAAUGGGAUCCAAGCAUUCGAAUAGAGCCUCCCAAAAAUGUUCCUUCCCAGGAGAAGAGGAAGAUCCCUGCUGUACCAAAUGGAACAGCAGCUCAUGGGGAAGCAGAGCCCCAUGGAGGACAUAGUGGACCUGAACUCCAGCGAACUGGAAGGAUUUUUGGGGGACUUAUUUUAGAUAUCAAAAGAAAAGCUCCAUACUUCUGGAGUGACUUCAGAGAUGCUUUCAGCCUGCAGUGCUUAGCAUCUUUUCUGUUUCUCUACUGCGCGUGUAUGUCUCCUGUCAUCACAUUUGGAGGACUCCUGGGAGAAGCAACUGAAGGUCGUAUAAGUGCAAUUGAAUCUCUCUUUGGAGCGUCCAUGACGGGGAUAGCCUAUUCGCUUUUUGGUGGACAGCCUCUCACUAUAUUAGGCAGUACAGGACCAGUUUUGGUGUUUGAAAAGAUUUUGUUUAAAUUUUGCAAAGAAUAUGGGCUGUCAUACCUAUCUUUAAGAGCUAGUAUUGGACUUUGGACUGCCACCCUGUGUAUCAUACUUGUGGCCACUGAUGCAAGUUCCCUUGUCUGCUAUAUCACCCGAUUUACUGAAGAAGCUUUUGCAUCUCUUAUUUGUAUCAUUUUCAUUUAUGAGGCCCUAGAGAAGUUGUUCGAACUCAGUGAAGCAUAUCCAAUCAACAUGCAUAAUGAUUUGGAACUGCUGACACAAUACUCAUGUAAUUGUGUGGAACCACAUAAUCCUAGCAAUGAUACCUUGAAGGAAUGGAAGGAGUCCAACAUUUCUGCAGCUGACAUAAUUUGGGAAAAUCUAACUGUGUCGGAAUGCAAGUCUCUGCAUGGAGAGUACAUCGGACGAGCCUGUGGCCACGAGCACCCGUAUGUUCCAGAUGUUCUCUUUUGGUCGGUGAUUUUGUUCUUUUCCACAGUGACUAUGUCGGCCACCCUGAAGCAGUUCAAGACUAGCCGCUAUUUCCCAACCAAGGUUCGAUCCAUAGUGAGUGACUUUGCUGUCUUUCUUACAAUUCUGUGUAUGGUAUUAAUUGACUAUGCCAUUGGGAUCCCAUCUCCGAAACUAAAAGUACCAAGUGUUUUCAAGCCCACCAGAGAUGAUCGUGGCUGGUUUGUUACACCUUUAGGUCCAAAUCCAUGGUGGACAGUAUUAGCAGCUAUUAUUCCAGCUUUGCUUUGUACUAUUCUAAUUUUUAUGGACCAACAAAUUACAGCUGUUAUCAUCAACAGAAAAGAACAUAAGCUAAAGAAAGGUUGUGGGUACCAUCUGGAUCUAUUAAUGGUGGCUGUCAUGCUUGGUGUGUGCUCCAUCAUGGGUCUGCCAUGGUUCGUGGCUGCCACUGUGCUCUCCAUCACUCACGUCAACAGCCUAAAACUGGAAUCAGAGUGUUCAGCUCCAGGAGAACAACCAAAAUUUCUUGGCAUUCGGGAGCAAAGGGUUACUGGGCUUAUGAUUUUUAUUCUUAUGGGCUCUUCAGUCUUUAUGACCAGUAUUCUGAAGUUUAUUCCCAUGCCAGUGCUAUAUGGUGUGUUUCUUUAUAUGGGUGCUUCAUCUCUAAAGGGAAUUCAGUUAUUUGAUAGAAUAAAGCUCUUCUGGAUGCCUGCAAAACAUCAACCAGAUUUUAUAUACCUAAGGCAUGUACCACUGCGAAAAGUCCAUCUCUUCACAGUUAUUCAGAUGAGCUGCCUUGCCCUUUUGUGGAUAAUAAAAGUUUCAAGAGCUGCUAUUGUGUUUCCCAUGAUGGUGUUAGCUCUGGUAUUUGUAAGAAAGUUGAUGGAUUUUUUGUUUACCAAACGAGAACUCAGCUGGUUGGAUGACUUAAUGCCUGAGAGUAAGAAAAAGAAACUAGAAGAUGCUGAAAAAGAAGAAGAACAAAGUAUGCUAGCUAUGGAAGAUGAGGGCACAGUACAGCUCCCAUUGGAAGGGCACUAUAGAGAUGAUCCAUCUGUGAUCAAUAUUUCUGAUGAAAUGUCAAAGACUGCCUUGUGGAAGAACCUUCUGAUUGCUGCUGAUAGCUCAAAAGAUAAGGAGUCAAGCUUUCCUUCUAAAAGCAUCGAAAUCCGAAAAGAGAAGAAAGCUGACUCAGGGAAAGGUGUUGACAGGGAGACUUGUCUAUGACUUGAUCGUCAAUUUAUUUUUUACAUAUAUAUAAGAAGAGUGCCACAAUUAUUAAUAAAACUGCUUUGAUCAUGUAUUGUAAAUUCUGUCUCUCCUCCCAAAUCCACCUUCAUACUGUAAGUAGUGCAAUAUUUGUUUCAUUUCUGUGUUUAAACUUCUGAGCAGUAAGACACCCUUGUGAGCAUAUACAACAGCUAAUGCAAGAAUCUGUGAGUUCCUUGCUGUGUGUUAGACAUUUAUAAACACUGGAUUCUUGUCAGUUUUAUGAGAGCAAUAGCUUUCUUAAAGAGAUAAGUCAUAUCUACCUAGUUUAUAUUUUCCUAUAUUAGUUAUCUGAAGAUACCUGAUA